AUGAAAGUCUGUGGUCCAAAAUACGCCCUGUGUGGUCUUAUAAUAUCAACUUGGGGAAUUAUACAACUGCUGUUGAUGGGAGUAUUUUUCUAUGUGAGAAGUGUAGCUCUGAUUGAAGAUUUACCUCUUGCAUCUGAACAUUACUCAAAUCCUAAAGAUUUCUAUGAAGAUGUGAACAGAGGAUUCAUUCACAAUGCUUACAAUUGUUGGAUUGCUGCUUGUCUUUAUUUAUUAACAUUAUUUUUCUCUGCCCAUCAAUUUUACAUGAACUCAAGAACAUCAUUAAGUGUUUAA